AUUGAGUGCCUGCUGUGUGCCAGGCUCCACGGGCACAGGGAAGGUGAAGAAGCCCAGACCCCACACAGCCGUUGGGCUGGAUCACUUCCACGCAGUGUAAGAAGGACCCCUGGGGAGCUUUUGCUUUACAUAGGGAUGGUGCCUUGAGCUGCCGACACCCCGGAGAGCCUUCUCAGCCGCAGACCCGGUCCUCACCCCGCCUCUUCUGCACAGACACACGCCGCUGUCUCCCCCAAGGCUUCCAGAAGCUCUGAAGCGGGAGGCCCCCAGUUCCACCUCAUGACUGGGGCAUCUCACUAGCCAUGGCCCCUGUCCUCGGCUUCCUGCUGCUGCUGGGGCUGUGUGGGGACACCGUUUCAGAGGGGCCGCUGACAUCCACAGACAGGUCUGCUGGGUUGAAAUUUGAAUUUCCGCUGGUGAAGUACGAGACCAAAGAGUCUUAUGAAGCUGGACCCAUCAACAUCCUCUUCCAGAUCGUGCACGUCUUCCUCCACCUGGUGCAGCCGAACCCUUUCCCUGAAGAUAUUUUAAGAAAAGUUAUACAGAAGAAGUUUGACCUCUCCAAGGAUUAUGAGAAGAUUAUCUACUAUGAAAUCGGGAUUAUUAUCUGUGCUGUCCUGGGGUUGCUGUUUAUUAUCCUAAUGCCUCUGGUGGGGCUUAUCUUUUGUUCCUGCCGCUGCUGUAACAAGUGCGGUGGAGAAAUGCACCAGCGACAGAAGAAAAACGGAAACUUCCUCAGAAAGUACUUUGCUGUUUCCCUCUUGGUGAUAUGUCUACUUAUAAGCAUCGGUAUCAUCUAUGGUUUUGUGGCAAAUCAACACAUGAGGACUCACAUUGGGAAGACUUGGAAAUUGUCAGAAAGUAAUUUCAAGGAUUUGAGAACGUUCCUGAAUACAACUCCAGAGCAAAUCGACUAUAUAGCAGAACAGUAUACCACCACUAAGGAACGGGUGUUCUCGGACCUGGAUAAUAUUAAAGUGUUGCUGGGAAGCAGAAUUUAUCAACAGCUCAAACCUAAGUUGAUCCCUAUGCUGGAUGACGCCAAGGCCAUGGGUGAAGAAUUGAAAACGCUCAGAGAAUCCCUGGUCCAAGCGAACCUUAACUUAACGGACACGAGACAGUCAUUGACACAACUUGGCCACAACCUGAGUGACGUGAGAAGGGGCUUGGAGCAAACCCUCUCUGACUCCACGUGCCGUGCGGAUCCAGUGCAAACCACCUGUAAUGACAUCAGGAGCAGUCUAGGCCUUGUGAACGUCAGCAUCAAUCCUGAUCAGCUCCCAUCUUUGGAAGAGCAUAUUAAUAAUCUUACUGCUGUUCUUCGAACAAAUUUGACCGCCCUGGCCCACCAGGGCUAUAAUUAUCUUUAUACCAUACCUGAGAGAGUGCAAAAUGAAACUGUGAACAUCAUAGCAGAUGUCAAAAGGGCCUUGAAUUCCAUUGGUUCAAAUAUCGAAACUGCGAGCCAGGAGUUUCCUAUUCGGGACAGGCUGUCGUAUUUCACUAGCUACCUUAAGAAAGCGGAAGAUUACAUCCACCGCUAUUUACGUGUGUUGGAGGAAUAUGAUCUAUACAGGUGGCUGGGCUGCUUGGUUGCGUGCUGUUUGCUGACCCUCAUAGCGACUUUUUACUCCCUGGGCUUGCUGUGUGGCACAUACGGCUACGACCAGAACGCCAGCCCAACCGGACGAGGCUUCAUCUCCAACACCGGGGGCGUCUUCCUCAUGGUCGGAGUUGGAUUUAGUUUCUUCUUUUGCUGGCUAUUGAUGACCCUCGUGGUUCUUUCUUUUGUCCUUGGUGCAAACAUGGAAAAACUGGUCUGUGAACCUUAUCAAAGCAAAAAGUUAUUCCAGGUUUUGGACACACCGUAUUUACUGAAGGAGGAUUGGAAAUACUAUCUCUCCGGCAUGAUAUUCGACAAUUCGGAUAUUCAGAUCACUUUUGAACAAGUUUACAGUGAUUGCAAAGAAAAUAAAAGCAUUUAUGCCACACUUAAGCUAGAGAACGCCUACAAUAUCACUGACCAGGUCAACAUUACAAAGUAUACCGGAGACAUAUACAGCAGUUUUGAAAAUAUGAAUAUAAGUAUUAAGAAUGUAAUGAUGGUGGAUGAGGAAGGAAGAAGAAACCUGAGGGCUUUCCACUCCUUAGAAUUAGACAGAGUAGACUAUGCCGCCGUCAUGGCUGAGACGGCUAAACCUCCCACACAAGUGAAUCUUCUGACAUUUGCAGAUAAUCUAGAUGCAAAGGCCAGUAAUUUGACCCCUGGAAAUUUGAGAAACUCCCUGAGAAGUCAUGCAGAAACUUUAAGAAGGAUUCAUGAUGUCCAAGUCGUUCUUUUGCAAAGAUUAUUGCGCGCUGUGUAUCAAUGCAUGCAGGAACUUCAACAGAAGACCGCUGGAUUGGGGGUGAGAAUGCAAAAUAUCCUUUUCUUUGUGAAUGAUACUCAGAACUUGGUCACCAACAUGAUCACCGCAGUUGUUCACGAAGAAAGGAGGAGGUAUGUGACUAUGAUACUGAGCUAUUUCGAACAGUAUCUGCAGUGGGUCAAGCACUCGGUCACCAAGCAAAUCGCAGCCUGCAAACCAGUGGCCACUGCUUUAGAUUCUGUGGUUAACAUCUUUCUGUGCGGCUACGUCAUCGACCCCCUGAAUUUGUUUUGGUUCGGCAUAGGAAAAGCUACCGUAUUGUUGCUUCCGGCUCUAAUUUUCGCUGUAAAGCUGGCCAAGUACUACCGUCGAAUGGAUUCGGAAGACGUGUAUGAGGACGGAAAGGCAACAUGGAGCCACUCAGAUUAAACAAAGUUUUUAAACACAUCCAACGGCACGAAUUCUUGAUCUGCAACGUCUGCCAAUAUUGGAAAAGAAACCUUCCCUUCCGGACUUGACAGAGCUCAGUGAGACCACACCGAGGGGCCUGAGAGUGGACAGCACGCGCGCCUGCUUUUUCGAAGCUCUGCUUGAACCAUCUGAGCCUUCUGUGAAAGUUUCCAUAUGUAUGUAACACGUUCAUUAAUUCCCAGUUUAGCCUUUGGAACAAGACAGGAAUUUGGGCACAAGUCAUCACAUGAGAUCUUAGACGCCUAGUUAGGGAAAGUACAGCCGAUAGCAGAUGUGUGUGUGAACAAUAAAAGGAUGGUUUCAGAA